CUUGCAAACAAGUUCCCAUCACUCACAUCAUUGAAAUGUGGCAUUAGUUUCAAUCAUCCCAUUGCACCAAACUCACUGCCAUCCUCCCUCACGUCGCUAGAGUUUGGAGAGCUGUUCAAUUUACCUCUUGAUGAAAAUGUUUGGCUCCCUCCAUCAUUGCUGACUUUGAGGUUUGGUUACUGUUUCAACCAACCAGUGGAGCCAGGUACCCUCCCUUCAUCACUUACCGAGUUGGAGUUUGGAGAUAUGUUCAACCAAGUGAUCGAACCCUUGACAUUGCCCCAGUCUCUUCUCACUUUGAAGUUCAGCUUCCAUUUCAAUCAACCCAUCAAAUCAGAUACUUUGCCUGUAUCGUUGACGAACCUUGUGUUUGGAGACAUGUUUUCUCAACCACUUGAUGGUCUACUUCCACUCUCACUCAAGUCAUUGGCGAUUGGACAAAACUACCUGCCAGACUUUACUCUCAAGGAACAUCAAUCAAUCACUGAAUUGAAUAUCUCUUCUUUUCUUUUGAGACCAAUGCAUAUUGAUGACAUUCCAUCAUCUGUUCAUACAUUGUCAAUCAGUCCAAUGAUAUGGCUUGAAGAAAAUAUGGAGCAUUUACCAAUUCCCAGAUCGGUCACAGAUCUCUAUUUGGGUGUAUACUUUAAUCUGCCCAUUGGAUCAUUCUUUGGAAUCAACUUGAAGAACUCCUCCAUCACCAUAUUAAACUUGGGUUCUCUAUUCAACCAAGUGAUUGAGCCUGGAGUACUCCCGUCCACUCUUAAACAUUUGGAUUGUGGUCACUCCUUCAAUCAGAAGUUGUUACCAAACUCACUACCAGAUUCAAUCACAGAGUUGAGGAUGGGUCCGGUAUUUGUACAGCCACUCGUCAAUCUUCCAAAUGGACUGAUUAGCUUGGAGACUCCAAGUAUCAGUUCCUUGAAGAAAGACAACCUUCCGAAGUCCCUUGGAGGAAUUGUCAUAUUCGCAUCACAUGUGGUCAAGAUGCGAUCAGAUGCAGGCUUUGACAUGACCAUCGAUGGUCAACCAAUCACUUUUCCAUCACUUGAUAUCCAUUUGAAUUGGAUCACAAUUGGAUUUCAUCUACCAAAUGAUAACACUCCUUCAUCAAAGAAAAAGAUCAUCAAGCAUUUGUUCUCAACUUAUCCCAACGUCAUUGAUUUCAACAUAAUCUUCACUCGAUUGGAUCACAGAUCCCAAUCCAUUACAGUACGCAAUAUAUCUUUUACAGACCAACUACAUCAAGGAGUACAAUCAAGCGUUCAUUCAAUGUGUCGUGUCUCCCCAGAUAAUCUCCUUCUAAUGGAUCAUCAAGUUCAACAAACAAUCAAAUUUAAAUCCAUUGACCUUACAACUGUGCCCACCAUGGUCGCCACCUCAACCUCCAUUAUCGACAGACAAUGGUCUUGGAUGGAAUUGGCAACAACAGCAAUAGUAUCACUACUUCCAGCUCUCUAUCUUGGA